UUGUCUGAAGGAGACAAAUGGUCAAUCAAAUUAUGGAAUGAUAAGAGUCAUCUGAGAGAAACUGAAUAUCUGGAAUCGGCUUCAGGUGGAGGCGAUGCUUCAGGCUAGCUAGCUUAUGCUUGAACUUCUGUUUGUAAAGGGUGUCGAUGGAUUGCGUUAGUAAAGGAAAUAUAGCUGGAGAAGCAGGGCCGGUUAAUGGAUCUUGUACAGAGAUUAUUGUUGUUCGCCAUGGUGUAACAGAUUGGAAUGUUCUUGGCAAAGGGCAGGGACAGACGGACACUGAGCUAAAUGAGGUUGGGAGAAAACAAGCCGUCAUAGUUGCUGAGAGACUAUCAAGGGAGCCUAAUAUAUCCGCUAUAUAUUCAUCUGAUUUGAAGAGGGCUCUCAAGACAGCAGAAGCAAUAGCAUCUAGAUGUGGGCUUGAGGUUGUUACAGAUAAAGACCUGCGGGAAAGACAUAUAGGGGAUCUUCAAGGACUUACAUUUAGCGAAUCACCCAAGGUUAACCCUAUAGCCUUUGAAGCAUUGAAGUCACCUGGAAAUGAUCAAGAAAUUUCGGGUGGUGGUGAAAGUCAAGAUCAGUUGAAUAACAGAUACACAUCUUCGUUGCAAAGAAUUGCUGAAAAACACAGAGGUGCACGAGUAGUUGUAGUAACUCAUUAUACUGUCAUAAAAAAUUUGUACAAGCUAGCUAAACCUGGAGAAUCUGUUAGAGGGAUACGGAAUGCAUCUAUAAGUAUAUUUCAGUUUUCUGAAGGAGACCAGUGGUCGAUCAAAUUAUGGAAUGAUCAGAGUCAUCUCAAAGAACUAGGAUAUUUUUCAGAUGGAGGCGAUGCUUCAGGCUAGCUAGCUUAUGCUUGAUUUCCUGGUACAUGAUUAUUAAUUCGUGAUGAGACUUGCUGUGUCAAGGAGGAUUGCUGUACUUCUUUAUUGUUGUUUUGUUAUUUGCAAACUCUAAUAGUUGCAUUGAUAUUUGGCAUGAGUGGAGCUAAACAGUUUUAAUAAAGAAGAUCCAAAUGCUGGAUAUUCAUUUACAUAAUCUAUGGGUACUUUUGCAUAUGAAGCAUCGAACAGUCACAUCGUUCAUUGAUUCAUAGGUUCAUAGUAGCACAAAAAAAUCAGUGCUGAUGCUGUUCAGCUGUAGGUCUUCUGACGAUUUUGAAAUGCAGUCGCAAUUUGAUAACACAUGUAAUGUGCAAGACAUGGGUGAAAAUAAAACUAGUACUUGCUUACACCUGAUUCGUGAUGCUAUUUAUACCUCGAUUACGUGGAUAAUUACUAAGUUCUUUAAUUGGAAACUCUGCACUUCAGCCUGCUGAAAGGUAAGGAUGCUAUAUAUGUAUUAUGGAGUAUGACCUUUUGAGUUAGACACAAGUUGUAAGCGGUAGCUAUAGCCUAUAGAUUGAUGUAAGGACCCUUUCUGAAUGUUUGAUAAUCAACAUACGCUAAGUAAC